AUGGCUAGACAUGAGAUUCAGGACCUCUCUGCUGGGAAGCGACCCCCUUCAUCUGAGCACGAGACGAAUGUAGGGAAUCGAGCGGGACCGGGGCAGAUGAGCGAAGGGUUCUCAGCAUCGGGGGACAAGUUGCAGCAGGCGGAUGGUGAUUCCUUGGAGUGUGAUCUGGCGAGGCUAACUAAAGUCUUCGAUGACGUCAGAGAGAAUCGGGCGAAGACAUCAAAUACGGUCCCAGAAGAUGAAAGCUCCGCCCUGGUUGAACCGGCACACCGGAUGACGGAUGUGAAGAGCAAGAGCGACGGGAGCAAAAAAUCGGGCGGCUCUCAUUUGCAAGGAGCAUUAGAUACCAACAUCGAAUCGGUCAGACUCUUACCACCAUUGGUAUCGCCACUCUAA